AACAAUAAGAAAAUAAAAUAAUGAACAUCACAAAAGCUUAUGUGAUUUUUUUUCUUGUAAUGAUAUUGACAAAGUCAUUGUCCAACUCUAACGUUUUGGCUUCGUCUGUGGUCGAGAGUGCGAAAAAAAAUAUGUGCUAUGUACCAUGUACACAUAGGUACAGUGAUUGGGAAUGCUUCCAUGACUGCUUCCUGAAGGAUUACAAUGAUGGAAGGUGUGUAGCUGGACGAUGUUGCUGCAUAUCUUGAUAGAAAUUGAUCACCUUUGUUUGUUUCUUAUAGCAUAUUCGUGUAAGCCUUUUAAAUAAAUCCAGUUCGAUCUAUUUGACCGGUCGAACCAGCCAUCC